AUGGAUAAUUCUAUGUUCUACGGUAGUUAUCCACCUACACCAUACGAUCAUCACCCUCUUCUCCAACCUGGAAACGUACAAGAUGCCGACUUUCCAUAUCUUACCGGCAGUGACUACUCCUCUGAGAAGAGCUUCGUGCAAGGCAGCGCGCCUUCUGUCGAGUCCUGCAACGGGAAUGAGGCAAAUCUGAAAGCCUUUCCCGCCCGUUAUCACGCUGUUGCGUCAACCCAACAUAUUCCGGCCCUCUCCCGCAAGCGCAAGGCUUCGGUGGAGGAAGAUUAUGACCUGCCCGCUCAGAAAAAAGCGGUCCUGGCUCAAGUCCACAUUCAAGACCCCAAUGGCGACUACUACGACCUCAGCGGCCAAACUUCCCCUUAUUCUCCCUUUGUACCAACACCGACUGGCAGCACUGGUCUCCCUGUAUAUGCGAGCCACGGCGCCUCGCCAAGACCAUCUGGUCACCAGUACUCGACGUCGACUGCCUCGCAAUGCUCGUUGGCUGCGCCUUCUCCACAUACUCCUGCCUUCAGCCCUUCGUUCACCACCGUGAAGAGCGAGCAGAGCCCCAGAGCGCCGAUGACUCCUAUCCCAAGGCCCACAACAGGCUCUCCCCUCAAGUCAAUUCCACGACUAGUGCGCACGUCCACUAUGCAGCAAUCACCGCCGGGAGUAUUUUCAAGCAUGGCUGUCGGGCAAACUCAAACCUUCAACCCAUAUGCCAUGCAAGCUCUCAAGGCGAAUCUCAAGCUCAAGGGCGAUCUCGACAGCAUGAAAGACGACUGGACUGCGGAAGAGAAGGAGACACGCCGUCGUCUUGUCGUGUUCGAGCGUGAGCAAACCGGCAGCACCAUUUGUGGGAGCUUCAAGGCAGUCUCUCCUGACCAACGGCAGGCCAGUAGCAUCUGCAUCAGCUGCAUCUGGUGGAAGGAGAAGAACGAGUUUUACGUCACAUCCGUGGAUACUAUCUACCUGCUUGAGUCCUUGGUCGGGGUCCGAUUCACUGUCGAGGAGAAGAAUCGCAUCCGGCGCAAUCUUGAAGGUUUCCGACCCAUGACUGUCUCCAAGGCUCGGGCCGACAGCGAAGAGUUCUUCAAGGUCAUCAUGGGUUUCCCUCACCCCAAGCCGCGCAACAUUGAGAAGGACGUCAAGGUCUUCCCAUGGAAGAUACUUGGAACCGCGCUGAAGAAAAUCAUCUCCAAGUACUCCGCCAGCUAUUCUUCUACCGCGGCUCCUCUGCUUGCCCCAGCCUCUUCGGUCUACCAUUCGGAGCCAGUGUCCGAAUACCCAUACCCCCCAACGCCCCACCCUGAGUACCUGGCGGCUUCGGGAUAUCAAGUCAACCAUGACAUGGGGUAUCUCCCUCAACACCCAAUGCACAUGCGAGGUCCAGGACCUGUUGUAACAGCCCCACCCGAGUUGCAAUUGCAGAUGCCUCAACCUCAGUACGCGCCUGCUUACGAAGUCAACAACGCAUAUAUUUACCAGAACGGGGUCCCCGUCACGCAAGCUUCGAUGUCGGCGCAGUCUCAUCCAAUGACGGCACCUGUCACCCGGAUGCCGUCUUGGGAGUAUGCAAAUUUCAUCAGCGACAGCCCUGUGACGAUGGCGCCCCAGAGCGCACCGCCUACUGCGUACCCUCGAGGACCGGUGGGGCUGGUGGAGUUCAUGCCCACGAUGCACUAUCAUUGA